CACGUCACGUACAGCGUCGUUUUGUGUGGGCGGGGACUUGUGUGUUCCGUCCGGAAAAACAAAACAAACAGUAAAAAUCUGGGAAGUUCGACAAGAACUAAGCGGAGAACGGAACCGCAGCGGUCCCUAUUGAACGUCUGCACGACCGAUACGAACCGCUGGCGUGAAGAUGUCUACCGGCCCAGGAAGCGGAACCACGAAUGCGGAACCGUGGGGCAGCUUUGAUGAUAACCUGAUCCAGGGUAGCUCGGCCGUCAUCGACAUGGAGAACCUAGACGACACGUCGGGCUCCAGUUUUGAGGAUGUUGGCGAGAUGCAUCAGAGGAUGAGGGAGGAGGAGGAAGUGGCGGCGGAGGCGGCUGCGGCCGAGGAGGGAGACGACGGAGAAUUCCUGGGCAUGAAGGGUUUGAAGGGUCAGCUGGGCCGGCAGGUGGCUGAUGAGGUGUGGCAGGCAGGAAAGCGUCAGGCCUCCAAGGCCUUCAGCCUUUAUGGCAACAUCGACAUCCUGCGGCCGUACUUCGACGUGGAGCCGGCACAAGUGCGAAGCAGGCUCCUGGAGUCCAUGUUCCCCAUCCGUAUGAUCAACUACCCUCAGAAGAUCGCUGGCGAGCUUUAUGGCCCGCUGAUGCUCGUCUUCACACUGGUGGCUAUUCUGUUGCAUGGCAUGAAGACAUCAGGAACCGUUAUUAGGGAGGGCACCCUCAUGGGCACGGCCAUAGGGACGUGCUUCGGUUACUGGCUCGGCGUCUCCUCCUUCAUCUACUUCUUGGCAUAUCUGGUCAACGCGCAGGUCACCAUGCUGCAGAUGCUUUCUCUGCUGGGAUAUGGACUAUUUGGCCCCUGCGUGGUUCUGCUCGUCACCUACAACGUCCACUUCCACGUCCUGUUCUACCUGCUGUGGCUGCUGAUCGGAGGGUUAUCCACGCUGCGCAUGGUGGCGGUGCUGCUUUCCCGAACCGUGGGUCGGACGCCUCGGCUGCUGCUCUGUGGAUCGCUGGCACUGCUGCACAUGAGCUUCCUGUUUUACCUGCACUUCAGCUACCACCGGAUCCUGGAAGGACUACUGGAUUCUCUGGAAGGACCCAACUUAGCUCCUAUUCAGCGAGUCCCCCGAGAUGUUCCAGAACUGACACUAAACAACACCUUGCUGGGACACGGCCUGCUUGCAACUCACUGAUAUGUUUACUCUGAAGUUCUGUUAUUGUUCUUAUGUGUACAGAAAAUAAACUCUAAAACCCAAA